AUGCGCUGCUUGCAGGUCGUUGAAAUUCUAGACGAUCGACACCCCCUCCGCUUGGAGACGCCGCUGGAGCAGUCCGUCUUUGCUUUGCGGUAUGUGGGGCCCCCCAUCCCUGGCGGGAAGAGUGGGGGCCCCUCGCAGGGGGCCCCUCCGGGGGGGCCCCCUCCGAAGAGGGUUCUUUUUGGGGAGAGAGUCGGCUUCGUGUGCUCUCCUGGUGAGCGGGAGGCGCUCACUACUUCGUCUCUCCUACCGAGCAGCAGCUCCCAGCAGCAGCAGCGGCAGUGCGUUAAGAAGGCGAAGCAGAAGCAGCAGCGCAGCAGCAGGAGUCAGAAAGGCGGGGAGGAGCAGGAGGAAGAAGAACUGGAGGGGGAAGAAGAAGAAGAUGAUGAUGAUGAAUACGCCUACGCGCUAUCCUUCUGCAGUGAGGCACUGUUGCCGCCGACAGAGAGGUUCCCAGAGGACGGAGCGGCUCUAGACCGCCUCAGUGAGCAGUUAUUGCUCUCUUCAGAUGGUGAGCAGCAGCAGCAACAGCAACAACAACACAAGAGGAAAAAAACGCACCAGGCAGUUCCGUGGCUAAGCGCUCACGAGUCUGAAGGGGAGUCUGAGACGGAGAGGUUCGCAGAUUCGGCAGCAGACAAGCACUUCUUGCCAUGGGAUGCAGCCCCUUUCAAUUCUAGUGAUUCCUUCAUGCUGUCUACACGCCGUGUGAUGAAUGCAAUUUGUUGCGCAUCACACUUUUGUCUCUCCUCCGUCUUUGGAGGGAGGCGAGCGCGUCUAAACUGCGAGUGGCAGGUUGUGUACGUGGAUGGAUGGCCACACGUGAUUCUGUGCUCGAUCCCAGACGUUCCCCUUCUUCAUGGGGAGCAGCUGUUUGUUGACUAUGGAAGCGCUUGGUACGAAGCGGCCGAUGCAGCGUCGCUGCGGAAUGCUCGGCAGCAACUGCGUGGCAUGCGGCUGCUGCAGAGGCGGGGAGGCGCUGCAGCUGCAGCGGCCGUUGCAGCGGCUGCUGCGGCUGCAGCUGCUGAGGAUGACGAGGAUGAGCAGACUUACAGUCAUGACCAACUCUGCGCGCUGUGCUACGCAAACGCUCUGCCAAACGCGCUCAUGCCGCAGCAGGCGGCGGCGGGCAGAGGGGGGGGGGGACGCUCGAAUCAACGCCAGCAGAAACAGCACCAGAAAGAAGAGCAGCGGAAACGGAAACAGACUGAAGAAUCGGGGAGUGAAGAUGAAGAGGAGGAGGAAGAGGCGGGGAGGAAGGAGGAGGGGAUUGUGUGUGACGGGUGCAAUCGAGCGUUUCAUCUGGAAUGCGUUUGCAGAGUGCAGGAGCCGCCUUCGAGAGACGUUGAGUGGUUUUGUUGUUUGUGCAUGCAUUUCGCGAGGAGAGUGUUGAAGGGGCGUUUUUUUAUGGGGACUGGAGAGGCCAAGGCGCAUCAGACAGUCAGUUCUGCCGAAGCAGCGGCAGUAGCGGAUGCAGCGGGAGCAUGCGACGACGUGGCAGUUUCAAACGCAGCAGCAGCAGCAGCAGAUGCUGUACUCCCAGCCCCUGAUCCUCAGCUCGUUUUGCCUCCUGGUCUGAACGAGGCUGCAGCUCUCGCAGCAGCUGCUUCUGCCGCUGCAGCCAACGCUGCCGCUGGGAAGUCGCUUUCCUCCUCCGCUGGAGAGGCUGCCACUGCAGCUGGUGGUAACGGUGCCGAAGGAAGGCUCCCCUCUUCGUUCCCCGCAGCAGCAGCAGCUGUCGAUGCCGCUUCAGCUGCCGCUCGAGCGGGCUGUUGUUCUCCGCAGUCGUCCUCUGCAAGAGCUCCUGUCUACGCCUCUCUGAAAGCCGGAGUUUCAGGAGGACCUGCGCUGCCGGAAGCUUCUCCGCUGCAAGUGCUGAAGCCUUGCGGAGACUGCAGGAAAAUGUUUGGUCAGGAUGCCAAUGCCAUAACGUGCAGGGUGCACAAGCUGCAUUUUAGCCAGAGCGCUGUGGUGGACGGCAGCUGGGGAGAUUCGCCACUCGUGGUGUGUCAGACGGUUAUUAGGGCAUCAGCUGCCUCCAUCUCGCCGUCUGCUGCCGCUGCGAUGAUUCAUCGAAUGGGCUCAUCAGGCACACCCUUCGUGCCUUUGCUCGGCAUCUACCCCGGGAGAACGCGCGUGGAAAGAAAGUUCAAGGAAGGCCUCUUCGUGGUUCGUCGAGAAGGAUCCUUUUUGCAAGCGCUUGCUGGAAAGCUUAAAUGA